AUGACUUCGAUGACCUACGUCUUCUCGCAAGAGCUGCACGGCCACCUCGUCCCCUACAUCGCGGCCCUGCACGCCUCGUGCAUCACCCUCGACCACAUGGUCGGGCCAUUCCUGCCUCCUCUGACCAACGAGAAGCUGCUGCCGUGGUGGAAACAGCGCAUCGCCGAGGCCAACAGCGGCACCCGCAUCAUCGUCCUCCUGCUGCCCGAGACGGCGCCGGGGAAGAAGCCGCUGGGGACGGACCUGCGCGGGCUGGCCAUGCUGAAGCUCUCCGAGACCGAGACGGGCUCGUUUCGGGGCCAUAUUGACGCCGUGCUGGUGGACCGCAAGCAUCGACGGCAGGGCGGGGCGAAGUCGCUGGUUGCGGCGCUCGAGUAUGAGGCUUCGAGGAGGGGGCGGUCGUUGCUGCUUGUCGACACCGAGACGGACAGCGCGGGCGAGGCCGUCUUCAAGAAGCUGGGCUACAUCGAGAUUGGCAAGGUGCCGCACUUUAGCCGGACGCUGGCCAACGGCAAGAAGGGCGAGACGUUCCUCUACAAGGAGUUUCUGCCGUCACCGUCAUAG